CGUGGCGCAGGGUGGAAUAAGCGCACUGCCGACUGAAAACAAUUUAUAGACGGAGGAAGGUUCCCACUUGAUUUCACUUCGCCUCAGGGUCGAGUCCAAUCAUGAGGCGCAAGCUGGGAGUGGGUGUUGAAGGAUGACACACAGCCGCACAGGGUGUUGGGCUGAAUUGAUCUUCAGGGCGUGGUUGGCGGGGAAGAUAGACAGAGUACGAGGGUCUGCUCCACAUAUUUCUGAGGGGUCUUCAUCCUGAAGGAAUGUCAAUCAUGGCCAGGCAUAGUCUGGGCGCUCGAGGGAGGUGAUAUAGGUAGAUUUCUGAGAGAUUCUUAAGCCCCUUGAUUUUCCUCUUUGUCUGUUGGGAAUUGAUUCUCUAUUGACAUUCAUUCAGCAUACUUGGGAACGAUUUGGAGUUCCGUUCUAUACUACUUACCCAUUACUCUAAUCCUACUUUCUUGGUUGCUUUUCAGCUACAUACAUACAUACCUCCAAACCAUCCACGAUGAAGACCUUUACCCUCACCAGCAUCCUUCUCCUCUCCCCUCUCUUGAUUCACGCCGCCCCCACGGGCCAGGGCCAGCUGUGCACUCGUGAUUCGACGGCAAUCACCAGCGAGCAGAUCCAAACCAUUGCCCCCACGUCCAACACCUGCGCCAACGCCCCGGCCGCCGGCGAGUGUGCGACCUCCGACACGGCAGCCUCCAGCAUCUCUAAAUCCUUCCAAACCUAUGGGGUGACCAAUAAAGCCGAGCAGGCCGCGGUGAUCGGCCUGAUGGCGUUCGAGAGUGGGGAUUUCAAGUACAACAAAAAUCAUUACCCGGGUGUUGCGGGCCAGGGCACUCGAAACAUGCAGUCUCCCGCCUUCAACGCCAAGUACGCGGCGUCGAUCCCCGCCCUCGCCGACUCGCUCAAGGCCGUCAACGGCGAUCCGGCGGGCACGUUGGAUCUGCUGCGCGCGGUCCCGGAGUAUGACUUUGGGUCCGGGGCGUGGUUCCUGACCACCCAGUGUACUUCCAGUGUGCGUGGCCAGCUACAGCAGGGCACUCAGGCGGGCUGGGAGGCGUUCAUUACCGGCUGCGUGGGGACGGCUGCUAAUGAUGAUCGGAAGGCUUAUUGGAGUCGGGCUGUUGAGGCUCUGGGGAUCUGAGGUGAGGGUCUUGGAGUCUGGGGAGAAGGGGGGUGUACUUUGUGGGGAGGGAGGUUUGGAUGGUGGUGACUGUAUGUGAGAGGGAGUGGGGCGAGGUGUUGUUCCGAUGUCUUUGAGAGUUAAUGAGGUUGUGGGUUGGUUGGGAGGGGGAGUCAAGGAUAGUAUUAGAAGGUCUAUCUCCCUGGUGUAACAACAAUAUGACACGGCAUGCAUAUCUUUAGUCUAUCAUUUUUGAACAACUCGCAUUCCAACGGGGCGUCUACAAA